UGGCCCGGGUCCUCCGGCUCUCGGCCCUGUGUGCAGCUGGCACGCGCGUGUCUCCGCGUGUCUGCGCGUGUGUGUCCGUGCGUGAGAGUGAGAUGAAGCGGAGUCCUACGCCUGGGUGUUUCCUUCCAAGUGAUUUUGAUCAGCAAUCCGUUAGGGGAUCAUGAAAAAAAAAUCUGGCUAAAAGGAUGAAAACUGAGUAAGUACACAGAACUUUGAACUUGAAACGGAAUGAGACCAAACGCAAGCAAAGCCCUGACAGUAACCACAUACAGCCAAACUGCUAGACCCCCUCCCCACUUUUUUUUAUGUUAAAAGCCGUGAAUGCUAGCAGCAAAGUGGCAAUUUAAAACUGAACGAAAGGAGGCAGUUCUGCAACUUAAAAGGCUGGGAGCGGGAUGGCUUUAAAACCAGAGGGAAAAUGAGAAACUGCUAGGACAACCUGGCCGGCGCCCAGCUGUGCAACAGGCACUUCGUGUUACAUCGACUGCGUCUUCUGCUGGUUUCUGCCUCCAGACCCGCUUUACUGUGCUUUCUUUUUGCCCCAAAAGACGAGACAAGCUGAACUCCUGACUUUAAGAAUGUUGUGGAAGUAAGACAUUACCGGAAGGAACUCUUGGCAGCUGGGGAUGCAUUCGGAUGAUUUCUUACAACUAUUUUUAUUUUGACAUCUUUAAAAAAAAAAAUCUGGCCAGUCACUUCUUACUGUCCUUCAUUUAAGGGCUAUUAACCACCUCUGACCGCUGGGUCCUAUGAAUCUUUGGCAUGAACCUUCAGAAAGUUCUCAAGUGGAGAUGGAGCGAACUUAAUUGGAAUUCUGUAAAAAGAAGACAGAUGUGUGCUUUUUUCACACUGACAACGUGGCCAGGGGCCAAGUGAACCUGGACUGGUCAUGGUCUGUCGACCCGGGUUCCUUUGUCGCCGGCGAUUUUGCCCCCGACCUUUCCUGGUGGGUUUGGUGGUGGCAAUCUGUCUCUUUUACCAGACCCUGACACUCCGAGGGACUAAGAAGGUUGCAGCGGGCGUCUCUGGCACUGUCCCACACACACCCUCUCAAACUCGGGCUAGCAGAUGUGAGAAAGGAUACCCGCAGGACAAACCUUGCUUCCUUCUCUCUGCGAGUCCCCAGGAAACCAGGAAGAUUGAAGAAUCGAUUGAGAGACACUUCGGCAGUCACAGCAGAAGGGCCAUCCUCCACAGACCUCCUUCCUAUGGCAGAGCAGAGCUUCAGACACACCAGCACCUUCUUGCUCAGCAUGGAUACAGCGUUGUCACUGUGGAAGAAAGGCUUGGUGGUGGUCUAGGUCCGGAGCUGCUGGACCAAGGUGGUUUGAACUCCUGGGAUCUGUUCAUUUGCCUGCCUUCUAGGGAAGCUGAUGGGAAACCGUGCAUACCCAGGGAGCACAUGUGUCGACUAAGCCUACAUCAAAGGGUAAAUGUGUUGCCAGAACUGCAGCCUCAGCUUUGCAGAAAAGAAGGCUUGUGUGAAAUAGCCAGAAGAUUUCCAGAAUUGCGACUUCCAGUGAGUUCCUCUGUGUGCCUGGAUUGGGGGACACAGUCACGGCUGAGGGUUUCCAGUCAUCUCUCAAAAGCAGAGAAGCCACGCAUAUGGAAACCUCGGGACUGGCAACGCAAACAGUUGAAUCUGACUACAGUCGUUGCCCCGCAUGAAACAGUCUUUAGAGCAGAAGAGCUAUCUGUGAUUCUUAAGGCUUAUGUGCUGGUGACCUCCUUAAGGCCUUUGCGGGCCUUCAUUCAUUCAACGGGCACGGUAUGGAGCCCACCAAAGAAGAAACGCUUCACUGUCAAGCUGCAGAUGUUUUUUGAGACAUUCCUGAGGACCAGUUCACCUCUGCAAGCACUGGAGAGCAUGAAGGAAGCCAUUAGCAAGCUCCUGUUGGUAGCGGAGGUGUUGAGUGACACAUCUACUCUGGGACCAAAGACCUUAAAUAGAUGUCUACAGUGUUUUCAGCUUUUAACCUUUGAUGUUGGUUAUGGAGAUUCAGGAUAUCCUGCGGUGCUCCAGGUACAUGAACAUUUACAUUUUCACGAUGAUGAGAAUUUCAGCGCGGAGGACCAAAAUGCGGAAAAAAUUCUUUUAAGGGAUACUUUCGACUUCCUCUUCUCCAAUGCGUCUUCACUGUCCAUGGUUUCUGAGAUGUUGCGGAGGUCUGACAGAGCAGGCGCAUUGGACGGAAACUAUCAAAAGGAAUUAAAUCAGUGCCUGUCAUUAGAGGAAAUCCACUCAAUUAGGACUUUUGUAAAGGAACUUGGGAGUCUGGGACAAUUCCAACUGCUCUUCCCGUCCAGUGUUCCUGGGAUUCGGUCUCUGAUGGGUGAAUUUUAUGAUAUGGCAACUCCUGGUUCAGUCCCGUCCCAGUACUGGUCACUUUUAAAUGUAUUUGAACAAUUUGGGCUCAUGAAUAAAAAGGCACAGCUACAUCCACUGGAAUGGAAUUCUCCAACAAAAAAUGAGACCAUUGAGAAACCACAUAGGUCACUGGAAGGAAUCCAAAGUGAAAAAGAUGCAGUUCCUCGAGUUUUGUACGAAAGUAAAGAUAUGCGUUGCAGUGAUGAAGAAGAUGCACUCUGCCAUAUCAAGAAGAUUGUCACCCACCCCCAUUUAGAAUUCAGUCCUGAGUUUAAUCCGAAGAUCAAAGAUUAUUACUGUGAAGUGCCAUUCGAUGUGCUAACCGUGAGGAUCGGAGCAGAGACUUCAAAGUGUCAGUGCAAAGUGCACCUGCAGGAGCAGGCAGGGCCAAGCUUUGCCAACUAUCCUCUUGGAUUAGGAAUGAACAGAAUCUCUGUGCUUGUGGUGGACGAGUCUCAAGCAGGGGGUGACGCCCUAACCACGUAUAAACUCACCAUCUAUAGAGAAGACCGCCCGAGUCUGCCCUUCUUCGAGGACUUCACAGCGUGCGGCUUUGUACAAGAUUGUGACUUACUGAUUCACCCAGAAGAAACCUGUGGGUUGCAGCCUAUUUCUGCAGACUACAUCGAAGCCAUUUCCCAGCCUGAAAUAGACAGUUGCCUAUCUGGGGACACUAAAGGCCAGUGGAUUGUGCCUUGCCUUACUUGUUCAGACAACAGGACCUGUGACUGGAGAGAAAUAACCUGGCAACCACACAACUGCCAACACGAUAUCCUAACCAAGCCAGAACUUCAGCAGUGCCUGCAAGGAAGGAAGAUUCUUUUCAUAGGAGAUUCCACCAACAGAGGGAUGAUGUACUAUCUAAUUGAGAGACUGAAUGAAACACUUCAGGAGUGGCAGAAACUGCAUGGCACAAAACUCUACCCCAGUGUCAAUGGUGGAAAGACUCCGAUCAGUUACUCCUACUAUCCCCAGUUCUGGAUAAGCCCUUCAUUAAGACCAGCAUUUGAGAAAGCACUUGAACAUCUCUUGCAAAGAUCACAGCCCCUAGAGAAUACUGACCAGACGGUAUUGGUUGUUGGUGGUGUCCAGUGGCUUAAUUCCAAUCACCUGCAAAUUAUUCACAAGGUUUUAAAGAGGGAAAAUUUGCUGAAUAUCCUAGUGAUCAUCAAGACGUUGGGGAUUGGAUUUCACCUGCCGGUGGAUGGGGUGCACUUUUUAACACGGGGUGAAGUACGGAACUUAUAUAAAGAAAAUCUGAGCAUUCUGGAAGCUGCCAAAAAAUAUGGCUAUGAAGUGGUAGACACAUUCACUAUCACAAUGGGACGGCACAAAGAAUUUCUGCAGGGCAAUUGUGGAUGCCAUUUUCAUGAGGUAGUGAAAUCAAAGUUAUCCAGACAGCACCAUGUUAUCAAGAUGAAAAGAUCCAAGAACCAUAUUGUGGGGAAAUACUUCAGUAGUCAAAGCAAACUAAAACAACUCAAUUCUGUCCCAAAUCUUCAUUCACCGUAUCAUGUCAGAGGCCCGAUAAAUCAGGUUUGUGCUGAGAUCCUGCUCAGCAGAAUGUGUGCGAGUCAGAGGUCUGCUCAGGCUCCUUGAAGGAGAGUCGAUUGCGCAGGCUCCCUGGAGGAGAGCCGAAUUCACCAUUGGAGAUGAACCUUUCACCUCAACCCGAGAACCAAAAGUGCCUCCCACGUACUUUGCAAUGACUGUAUAUUCACCAGCACAAGCGUGCACAGCAAAGCACACAGCUCCCAAAAGCACAAUGACACAUUUUUCUCAUGACCGUACACACUCACAAGUGCCGUUGAGUUUCUGUUAGUUUCAGGUCGGAGCACAGAGCUAUACGGCGAUCACUUGAACUGUGAUCACAAAGUACGACCCCGUGGACCAGAUAAUGGACUGCAACGAUAAACAGAAAUACAGAAAUACAACAGCAUGGGGAUAGGGCGAUGCUGGUUCUGUGCUCUCCUCUCCAAAGGUUCACUAAUGUAAAAAUGUUGAAGAAGCAAAUACAUUCCGCAUAUAAGGAAGGAUAGCACUUAAGUUCUCUACCGGGAGAGAAGUGGAGUACUUACUUACGGUGGUUUGAACUUUGUGGAUCCAAUGCUUAUGAAAAACAUUUCUUCUUAUGCUUUUAAAAUGGUACAAUGGAAGGGAAAGGACAGGAGUGGAAUUCAAAAGAGCAAUGUUAUAUUCAACUCCGAGUUCCUGUGUGUUCCACAAAGAGCAUCCCCCCCCCAACUGUCUGUGAGCUUAGAUGGGGAGCACAGUCUAAAUGGAUGAUAUGCAUAAUUUUAAAGUGUGGGACAAAGUAAAGUUCCCUGUUUGUCACUUUGUAUAUUUGUGGAUGCUGUUACUAAGGUAGCUUUCACUUACCCCUAUAGACCUGUUUAAUUUCAGACGACAGUUACAUUUCAGAUAUUGUGCAAAGAACUGCAGAUUCUCAAAUGUAAAAGCAUGAAGCAUUACUAUGUGACUAGUUCCGGUAUUAUUCUGUGAACAAAUGUGUUUAAUUCAAAUUAGAAUAGGCAUACAAGGGUUUUUUUUUUUUAUAUAUAUAAACUUGUGAUAUAAGAAUGAAACGUACCUAAUUCCAGCAUUGAAAACUUUCUCUUCUGUCUUUUUAGAUGCAAGAUGAUAAAUUUCCUUAUUGUACAAAUUCGUUGUUGUGAGAUAACAUCUUACUGCCGUGGUGGGUUUUAAAGGAUGAUUUGGGCAUAAGGAAAGGAAGCUGAGAGGGCUAACUCAGUGUGUAGUGGAGAUUACUAAAUAUACAAAUACCUCAAGUUCAUUGCCAUAAAAAAUGAAACUAUUUUGACCUAUUGACCCAUCAUUUAGAAUGAAUACCCACCUCCUUCAAAUGCUCUAUUUUUGUAUACAUAUAUAUUUUAUUAGAACAUAAACAUGAAUUUAUAUUUAACUGUUUAAAAUUAUAUUUAAAUACAAAUAUCACUUGAUAUAAACAUUAUAUGCAUUUAGAAAUGGACUUUUUGAACGAUGGUACUGAAUUAACUUAAAAAUGAAAUAUUUUUCCUAUUUACACCUAUAUACAAACACUGUUUUUUAGAUUUUCAGUUAUUUUUACCCUCAUAUAACAUGUUAGCAGUUGAUGCCGCUGCUCCAUCAAAUGUCAGUGUACUGAGUAUUCACCCACAUUGUCCAGUUAGCGCUAGGCCUUUUGUAACUCACUCUCCUGAUAACUGUGGACAUCCUCCGACUCGAGUCAGUCGGGCAUUUUCCUGUUCACCAUUAAAAUAAUACUAGAUUUUGGAAACCACUGUAAUGUAUUAUCAAUAAAUGUCU